AUGGACGUGUCCCCCGACUGCACGCAGCAGGGCGGGGGGCUGGUGCUGGUCCGCCGGCGGCCCCCAGUGCCCCCGGGCCUGCGCGAGAUGCUUAAAGCCAGGCUGUGGCGGGGCUGCUCCUGCAGCACGCGCGGGGCCUGGGCGCUGGUGCAGGACCUGCUCCCCGCCACGCGCUGGCUGCGCCACUACCGCCCGCGGGAGGCCCUGGCGGGCGACGUCAUGUCCGGGCUGGUCAUCGGCAUCAUCCUGGUGCCGCAGGCCAUCGCCUACUCGCUCCUGGCAGGGCUGCAGCCCAUCUACAGUCUGUACACGUCCUUCUUCGCGAACCUCAUCUACUUUCUCAUGGGCACCUCGCGCCACGUGUCCAUGGGAAUCUUCAGCCUGCUCUGCCUCAUGGUGGGCCAGGUGGUGGAACGCGAGCUGCUGCUGGCUGGCUUUGACCCUGCCCGGGACGGCCCGGGGUCCGGGGACAACGGCACCACCCUCAACGCCUCGGCCACACUGGUGCUCAGGCCACGGGACUGCGGGCAGGACUGCUACGCCGUCCGCGUCGCCACCGCCCUCACGCUGGUGGCCGGGAUUUAUCAGAUACCCUGGCACAGAAAACACUUCCAGGAACACCCUGGCAAUUAA